GCCCGACUAUAAAAGCCUUUGUCUACCACACCAGCUUUACAAAGAGUCUUAGAAUAGAUUCGAUGCCGCAUACUUCCUCGCAUUAUCGACCCUGAGCCCACCCGGACUACGCUACUUAGCGCGACAGUCUCUCAGACUCGUAUCUCACCCUACGUUAUCGUUUCCUGCAGCACCAAGUUUAGGAGGCACGCCAUGGAGGAUCAGGAAAACAAUCAUGGCCUUGGCCCUGGCUCUACCGAAGCAUCUGUCGGACAGUUCUCAUAUCCUCCUACCACUCAAACUACGGUUGUGACGACGACGACCACAACGACCACCACCUUCCCACCUAUGAUUUUCAGGCGGUCACAGGCAACGCGAAAACUCGACCCGAAGCUGUAUCCUUUGGCGUCAUCUCCUACCCCGUCAGCACUGAGAAACAUAAAGUUUGAACUUGGUGGGAAACAGGUUGUGUUCAAUGAACCCGAAGACACGGCUGCCAAGCUAAAGGAGCUGAAAGAAAAGGCAGUCGCACUGAAUGCUUCGAAUGGUAUGGUACGAUCCGUAACCUCAUUUACCUCAGAUGAAGCCCAGCUAGCUCGACGUUCCCAACCCGUGAAUCACCUGUCUAUAUCGAAACGUCGUGACAUCGAGAAUAGUCACCGGCUCACUCAUGCGAAUUCUUCACGCGUCCCAUCUGAGUCCUCAAUCCGCUCGUCUCGUUCUCAAGCUCCUACACCAGCCCAUCCUAUGACCGCUGGCCUCGCCACUCCGGAGACGGAGAGCAACAACAGCGCGGGAGAGGGCGUUAUCCCCAGACGGAGGGUCUACAAUCUGAGCAACAGUCGACGAGAAUCAUUGCUACGAUCGCCGUUAUCCUCCGAACUCGAAUCACAAGGAACUUUCCCCGGAAACAAUGCCUGGAGAGAACCGUCCCGCACGAAGACUGUAGUCUCAGACCGAAGCAGGCCGUUGGUUCGACAUGACACCGAAUCAAGCUUAAGCAGGCCUCAGUUGGGGGCGGCGGCAAGUCAGGACUCCGGGUACGGUGCUCCAGACGAUGACUCUCUGCAACCUCCCAUGGAGUCCGCGUCACAGCGGGUGUAUAUCGAUAACAUCAUGGCACAAGAUAUGUGUUUGCCUAGUCCUAGCCUAUCUCCGGUCGCUGCUAUGAACGCUAUGAAUGUCGAUUCGUCAUUUGACUCUGCCGAAGAUCCAGAAGUUGACACGGACUCGAGUUUCGAAAAUAAUGAUACGAAGGCCAUGAGUACUAUGCGCAAUGUACAGGACAAGGCGACAUAUGUUGAGCAACCCGGCGAAGGCUCUUCAGGAUCGGUAACGCAGCAGUCUGCUUCGCUGAUGGAGAUUCCCGCUAUCCUGGAUUAUUUUGAAGCCAUACCGGACGCGAUGAAGACCUGGGUUAUGUAUAAAUUGCUCACGCGUUGUCCCAAGCCGACCUUGCAGUUCGUUGCCGAUGUUGUGAACCCGGCCCUCAAGUGCGAUUUCUUGUCCGCUCUUCCGACCGAGCUCAGUCUUAAUAUCGUUAAGUACUUCGAUGUUAAGACCAUGUGCCGAGCUGCGCAGGUGUCCAAAAGAUGGCGACAUAUUAUCAACUCUGACGAGAAAUCAUGGAAAGAGCUUUUCGACAGAGACGGCUACAAGCUUCCGAAUGGAGAGCUGGAACGAGCGAUCAGAGAGGGAUGGGGGUGGCAAUUCCCCAGUGGCAGUGAGGACCAUGAAAAGGACUUGAGUGCAUUGCCAACUUGCCAGUCUGACGACGAGUCUGGCCACAAUCAUGUUACGACAUCGCUUGCCGAGUCAAGUGACAGAACAUCAGCGUUCAGUCGUCGACCGAAGAGGAAAGCUGUCACGCGUGUUACAAGUCGAAAGUUGACAAAGAGGAAGAUCUCCUCUAGUGGAACAGAUUACUCUGAGCCUGCAGACUGGAGGACGGAAGUGUCGAAUUCGGAAGGUCCUUAUGCUGCCGCGAAUGCUGCCGCUGCCGCGAUCCCUUAUCCAGAUAUAGGACUGCCAACGCUACGAGGACUUCAUCUCUACAAAUCGCUGUAUCAGCGUCAUCAUGCCAUUCACAAAGCCUGGAUGAAAUCAGAUGUUAAACCAAGACACAUUGCCUUUGGGGCGCACGGCAAUCACGUCGUCACCUGUUUGCAGUUCGACACCGAUAAGAUCUUGACUGGAAGUGAUGACACAAACAUCAAUGUCUAUGAUACCAAAACUGGUGUCCAAAGAGCGACUCUUGAAGGUCAUGAAGGUGGUGUUUGGGCUCUCGAAUAUUACGGAAACACUCUCGUCUCUGGGUCUACUGAUCGAUCGGUCAGAGUCUGGGACAUAGAAAAGGCGAAGUGCACUCAGGUCUUCCACGGGCACACUUCGACUGUACGCUGCUUACAGAUCGUCCUACCAACAGAAGUGGGAAAGAAGGCUGAUGGAUCUCCUGAAAUGAUGCCGAAAGAACCGCUCAUCAUCACGGGCUCUCGUGAUUCUAACCUGCGAAUCUGGAAGCUUCCGAAGCCUGGCGACCCUGAGUAUCACCCUAGCGGUCCUCACUCGGAUGAUACCGAUUGCCCGUAUUUUGUUCGUGUUCUUACCGGUCACCAGCACUCCGUUCGAGCGAUUGCAGCUCACGGAGAUACGUUGGUAAGCGGCAGCUAUGAUUUCACAGUGCGAGUCUGGAAGAUCUCAACGGGAGAAACUGUGCACAGACUUCAAGGUCACACAUCAAAGGUCUACAGUGUCGUCAUUGACCAGAAAAGAAAUCGAUGUAUCAGUGGAGCAAUGGACGUCAUGGUCAAAGUCUGGUCUCUGGAAACAGGAUCUCUCUUAUUCAACUUGGAAGGCCACAGUUCUCUCGUUGGAUUACUUGACUUGAAAUAUGAUCGUUUGGUAUCGGCAGCUGCGGAUUCCACUUUGCGAAUCUGGGACCCGGAGACUGGUCAAUGCAAGAACAUGCUGAGUGCCCACACAGGGGCAAUCACGUGCUUCCAGCAUGAUGGACAGAAAGUCAUCUCGGGCUCGGAUAGGACCUUGAAAAUGUGGGACAUUCGCACUGGAGAGUGUGUCAGAGACCUUCUCACCGACCUGGGUGGAGUAUGGCAAGUCAAGUUCAAUGAUCGCCGCUGCGUCGCCGCAGUUCAACGUAAUGAAGUAACCUACAUCGAGGUACUUGAUUUUGGUGCUUCCCGUGACGGCGUGCCCAGCGACCAGCUAGGCAGACGCAUUGUCGUUAAUCGCUGGGGCAACGAAAUCGGUGACACUGACGAGGAUUACGAUCUUUCGGACGUCUAGAGCUGGCGCUGAUGCUCGUUGUCCGGCCUCUCAUCUCAAGACCGAGCGGUUUGACUCAAGAAUUGUUGUCGAUAUAUCAAGGC